UAACAUCACAUGUCACUCACCACCACUCUUCAAUCAGAUCUCUUCACGAAGAUAUUAUAGAGAGUGUGAGAGAGACACUGUUUCAUCUUCAAAAUUGCACCGGAUAUGACUAAGUUACGAGAAGUGGUUUCAUUGAUCUUUUUCCUCUCUCUGAUCCUCUCUCUAUGUUCUGCCAAAAAAGAGGAGGCGUAUUCUACUACAAGGCUUGUUCAAAUGGAGUGCUUGAGCGUCCCGCCUUUGGAUUUCGCCGGAGCGGCCAAAACCGCCGUGGACGCGAUCAGAAAAGCCGGAGCUUUAGUGUCGAAGCUCGACAAGAAAUUGGGGAGGUCCCGAGUGGGCAAUGCGAUUCUUGAUUGUGUUGAUCUUCUUGAUUCUGCUUCCGAAGAGCUUUCUUGGAUCAUAUCUACUUCUCAGAACCCCAGUGGUAAUGACAAUAGUACAGGAAACGUGGCUUCGGAUCUAAGGACAUGGAUAAGCGCCGCCCUCUCUAACCAGGACACUUGUCUUGACGGCUUCGAGGGUACUAAUGGAAUUAUCAAAAAAGUAGUGGCCGGUGGUCUCAGCCAGGUCGACAAAACUGUCCGAAAUCUACUAACUAUGGUUCACUCUCCCUCUAAAUCCAAGCCCAAUAAAGCUCAGAAAACAACCACAGCUCAUAGUAGCUUCAGUAAAUUCCCCUCAUGGGUAAGUCCUGGUGAUCAGAAGUUGUUACAAAAGGAUGGUAUACCAACGGUAGCUGAUGCUGUUGUAGCCGCAGACGGGACUGGGAAUUUUACAACAAUAAGCAAGGCAGUGUUGGCCGCACCCGACUACGGUACAAAAAGAUAUGUGAUACAUGUGAGAAGAGGUGUAUAUGCAGAGAAUGUAGAGAUUAAGAAGAAGAAAUGGAACAUUAUGAUAGUUGGUGACGGCAUUGAUGCCACCGUGAUCACCAGUAACCGAAGUUUCAUCGACGGCUGGACAACUUUCCGAUCUGCUACCUUUGCUGUGAGCGGAAGAGGAUUUAUCGCACGAGACAUAACAUUCCAAAACACAGCAGGACCUGAAAAACACCAGGCGGUUGCGAUCCGGUCAGACUCAGAUCUCGGGGUUUUUUACCGGUGCGCAAUGAGAGGUUACCAAGACACACUCUAUGCCCACACAAUGCGUCAAUUCUUUAGAGAAUGCAUCAUAACAGGCACCGUAGACUUUAUAUUCGGAGACGCCACAGCCGUAUUCCAGGACUGCCAAAUCAAAGCCAAACAAGGCCUACCAAACCAGAAGAAUAGCAUCACUGCUCAAGGACGCAAGGAUCCUAAUCAACCGACUGGAUUCACGAUCCAAUUCAGCAACAUAACGGCUGAUACCGACCUACUACCAAACUUAAAUACCACCGCUACUUACUUGGGUCGGCCGUGGAAACUGUAUUCUAGAACGGUGUUCAUGCAAAACUACAUUAGCGAUGUACUAAAGCCUGAAGGAUGGCUCGAAUGGAAUGGAGAUUUUGCGCUGAACACGUUGUACUACGGAGAGUAUAUGAACAACGGACCAGGGGCUAACCUUGACCGUCGUGUUAAGUGGCCAGGAUACCAUGUUUUGAAUAAUUCGGACGAAGCUAUUAAUUUUACGGUGGCUCAAUUCAUACAAGGAAACUUGUGGUUGCCUGCAACUGGUAUUAGCUACAUUGCUGGCCUAGCUUCGUAAUUAAUGAUGUUUGAUUGUGCUAAUUUAUAUUAUCUUUUCAUAUUUUAUUUAUUUAUUUCUAUUUUAUAUAUAGUUUCUGUGAGAAUUGAACUAAAUAUUAUGUGAAUUUGAUGAAGAGUU